AGACACAAGUUGGGGCGCGGCUGGGUCGCUGGGUGCUCGUCGCGUCGCGCUCAGCGCUGAGAGGCGCGCCCCUGUGAGCCCGUGAUCCUGUUGUGCUAGGGAUGGCGUCCUCGGCGGUGGCCGACAGCUUUACCACCCGCGAGGAUGCCAAGAAGCAGAAGGCGCUGCAGGAGGCGCGGGCGGCGGGCACAGCUGCCCCGGAGACGGAUGAGCACACGGGGAAGAUGAUCAAUCCCCACAACCCCGAGUUCAUCACCAGGGCGCCGUGGUACUUGAACCAGGACAAGCCCUCCUUGAAGCACCACCAAGCUUGGAAUGCCAAAGACGUCGGCACCAGGGAUUGGUACAUUCGAGGCACCAAGGGGGACGUGAAGACCAAGUUCAUCAAGGGCGCCUGUGAGAACUGCGGUGCCACCACACAUUCCAAGAAGGAUUGCGUGGAGCGGCCGCGAGCAGUGACCGCGAAGCAGAAUGGCAAGAACCUCAUGCCGGAUGAGUACAUCAUGGAGCUGAGCUUAGAUUACGACGGCAAGAGAGAUCGAUGGAAUGGGUUCCAGCCGGAUGACUACAAGCAGGUCAUCGAGGACUGGGAGCGGAUAGAAGGGGAGCGGCGCCGGGUGAAGGCGGCGGAGAUGGAGGAGCGCGCCAAGCUGAAAGAGCGGCUGAAGGCCCAGAAGCGGCUGCUGAAGAAGAAGCGCAAGCAGCGCCGGCGCCAGCUGCGGCGCCAGGCCGAAGGCAAGGACGAGGACGAUACGGACGCGGGCGACUCUGACACCGGGGACUCCGACACGGAUACAGACACCGACAGCGAUAGCGAGGCCUCUGAUGACGAGGACCUGGGAGAGAAGCUGAAGGAUUUCGACAAAUCCACUUCCACCGUGGCGGCGAAGGAUGACAAGCUUCGCACCACCACCAGGAACCUUCGCAUCAGAGAAGACACCGCCAAGUACCUGCUGAACUUGGAUGUGAACUCUGCCUUCUACGACCCAAAGUCAAGGUCGAUGCGUCAGGAUCCCCUCGCGCACCUCAAGGAUGAAGAGAAGGGCACAGCCUUCCGAGGUGACAACUUCUUGAGGCAGUCGGGGGACGCCAAGGCCCUCACGGAGCUCAUGUGCUUCGCCUGGGACUCCUACAAGCAUGGCGAGAAGAUCCACGAUACCGCGCAGCCCACCCAAGCCUUGAAGAUGUUCGAGGUGUACAAGAAUCGCGCCACCGACCUGAAAGAGAAGCAGCAGAAAGAGCUGAUGGACAAGUACGGUGGGGAGGAGCACAUGGAAGUCCCCCGCGAGCUCAUCUUCUCGCAAAACGAGAAUUAUGUGGAGUAUUCCCGAGAUGGCCGCGUGUUGAAGGGCUCGGAGCGCGCUUUGACCAAGUCCAAGUACGAGGAAGACGUGCUCAUAGGCAACCACUCGUCGACUUGGGGAUCUUGGUUCGACUCCGCGACCGGCAGGUGGGGCUUCAAGUGCUGCCACCAGUGCAUGAAGAACGCCUACUGCGUGCCCGUGACUCCCGGAGGUGCGCUCGAGGCUGGCGCGCCCGCCGAGGUUGAGGAUGUGGACGAAGAAGGAGAGGAGCCUGCUGCCUCCAGCAGUGCAGCCCCGGCAGCGGUAGCAGAUGCUCCGGUCACGAAGCUGGCGGACAUGAGGUCCUCUGCUUUUGGCCACAUCCUGGAGGAGGCGGAGGACCUGGACCAGAAGAAGCUGGCGGAGGCGGUGGAGCAGGCCAAGAAGAAGCAGAAGCUCGAGAAGAAGGAGGGCAAGGAGGGCCGGAUGACGUUGGAUGACGAGCGAAAGCGGGGCUACAACUCCUUCGCCGGGGAUACCCAAGAAGUCACUCCGGAGGAGUACGAGGCGUGGCGGCUCACCAGACAAAGGGCUGACGAUCCCAUGGCCAAGUUCGCGUGAGAGAGAUCGCCGAAGGGCCGAAAGAGGACAGCCUCUGGACGCAUGGGUUGGGUGGCUCGG